AUGGGUAAACCGAUAGAAAAAGAAGAAGUUCGUCGAAGAAAAAAUAAUAGUAGUAACAAUAAUAUUGUUGGUAGCAGUAGUGGUAUUGGUGGUAUGACUUAUGCAGAUGACGAUAUUCCAGAUGAUGAAAAACUUCGAUUAAUAAAAGAAACUGGGAUAAUGAACAAUUUUAAAAAUGUUGAAAUAGUUGAUGUAAACAAGGCAUUAAAGGAAAACAAAUUCAAUACUGGAAAAGCAAUUUUAUAUACUAUACCAUUGUGUGCAACUUAUUCCAUGAUGGAUAUUUUAGUACAUAAACAAUAUAAUCAAGAUGUUUUAUUUGAUGAACUUAUUAUAAAACUUGUUAAAAUUAUACCAAUUGUUUGGAUAUUUGUUUAUUUCACAAAUAAAUACGUAGAAAAAAAUUGGAUUCAAAUUCCAAUGUUUUUUGGAUCAAUCCUUUGUGGUUCAUAUUUGAUUUAUAUUGUUAAUAAAUCGUCAUAUUAUGGUGUAAUGAGAAGAUGUCCACCGCUAGCAACAUUAUGGAUUUAUUUUGUUAUGCAACUUAGAUUAACGCCAUCAGUUUUUAGUUUAAUAAUGGUUUAUUUAUAUUUUAGAUAUGGUGAUCCGAAUUUUAAAAUUUAA